GGCCAUUCGGCCUCAGUGUUGACGCGUCGCUUAGUAACCAGGAAAUUUAGCUUUGGAAGCUGGUUGUAGCCCCAGCCAAGGUCCAGCCCUCUUCCCGCCCCUCCCCUCCCUUCAACUCCCUUCACCUAGGAGCUGCCAAACACCUGGAUCAACCUGGGCACUACGAGGGGUUGAAUUUUUACCAUUAACGUAAUUUUUUACAAUUUUUUCCCGACCUCCUUCUCACAUCCGUAAAACCCACUGAUUCUUUUACCACACGUUUUUAUGAGAACCAGACAUUUUCUAGGAAGAUGGUGGCAGAAAAAGAGACCCUGAGCUUAAACAAAUGCCCAGACAAGAUGCCGAAGAGGACCAAGCUGCUGGCACAACAGUCGCUCCCGGUGCACCAGCCUCACUCCCUGCUUUCUGAGGGCUUCACAGUCAAAGCCAUGAUGAAAAACUCGGUCGUGAGAGGUCCUCCAGCUGCAGGAGCAUUUAAAGAAAGACCAACCAAACCCACAGCGUUUCGAAAAUUUUACGAGCGAGGAGACUUCCCAAUUGCCCUUGAGCAUGAUUCAAAAGGAAACAAAAUAGCGUGGAAGGUAGAAAUUGAGAAGCUGGACUACCACCAUUACCUGCCUCUGUUUUUCGAUGGGCUCUGUGAAAUGACUUUUCCCUACGAGUUUUUUGCUCGGCAAGGAAUCCACGACAUGCUGGAGCACGGGGGGAACAAGAUCCUUCCUGUUAUUCCGCAGCUCAUUAUCCCGAUAAAAAAUGCUUUGAACCUCCGAAACCGGCAGGUCAUCUGCGUGACUCUCAAAGUUCUCCAGCACCUGGUGGUGUCAGCUGAGAUGGUGGGAGAAGCUCUGGUGCCCUAUUACCGUCAAAUCCUCCCCAUUCUGAACAUAUUUAAGAAUAUGAAUGUGAACUCCGGAGAUGGCAUUGACUACAGCCAGCAGAAGAGGGAAAACAUCGGUGACCUGAUCCAGGAGACGCUGGAGGCCUUCGAGCGCUACGGAGGAGAAGACGCCUUCAUCAACAUCAAGUACAUGGUCCCUACCUAUGAGUCAUGCUUGCUAAACUAACGGCAGGGCCCCCUGGGGUUGAAGGAGGCUUCCCUUAGCGUUGCCAUCAUCGGUGUCUGCUGCCAUCAGCACCUCAUUAUUUGUGACAGCUGCAGUUUUCUUUGCUACAGCUGCUAAAAUAGUGGCCUAUGGGCCAUGGGACUGUUAGCCCUAUUGAGAGUUAAGGCCUUCCGAUACAUAAAUAGUGCCUGUUUCUUAGACUACAAUAGUGUACUGUGCUUAUUUGUCCUAUGAGAAGAAUUGCUUCUCUAUACAGCUUGGAUAAGAUAGGAGUCGGCGUUCAACCUCCAGUGGUGGAGACAAUAAAACUAUGAUAUUCAUACGCAAUUCAGCGAUUGCUGUUCUGUGUGUGCCUGCCCUGAGGGUGAUGUCAUAAGUUGUAAGGGAAGAGUUUAUGCUAACUGCUUAACAGGUGUUUGUCACGGAGGAGAAGCACCAGUUCACCAGCACCUCUCCUUGCAGCUGUGCAGAACAAUGCGCUCUGACACUCAAUAAAACUGUGGACUCUA